UUUAAAUUAUUAUUUUAUUUUUAAUAAUAUAUUUUAAAUUCUUCUUAUUAUUUCUUCUUAUUAUUAUUUAAUUUGUUCCUUUCUGUUUGGAAAGCGGGGGCAGGUAGAGAGGAGGGGGGUGUCCCCGCCCGCCGUGCAGUCGGGAUGCGUCCCGGACGCCGGGCGGCUGCGGCGCAGCGGCGCUGAGCUGAGCUGAGCUGAGCUGAGCUCACCAUGGACAGCUUCGACUUAGCUCUGCUCCAGGAGUGGGACCUGGACUCGCUGUGUGUCUACGAGCCGGAUAGAAACGUGCUGCGUAGGAAAGAAUGGGAAAGGAGAAAUCAGGAGGCCCAGCAGGAGGAUGGCACGUUUAACACCAGUUACUCCCUCUUCAGUGAACCAUACAAGACUAACAAAGGGGAUGAGCUCUCUAAUCGCAUCCAGAACACACUGGGCAACUACGAUGAAAUGAAAGAUUUGUUAACUGACCGAUCAAACCAGAGCCACCUUGUUGGGGUUCCAAAACCUGGGGUUCCUCAGACAGCUCUCUCCAAGCCCGAUGAACUUCUUAUUGCAGAAUCAAGACCACCACCUCCUCCCUCCAUUUCCAACGCUACUUCUGCACCAGCAGCCCUACCUGCGCAGCAGAGCAAAAGCACCACGAUGGGCUGGCAGAAAGCUGGGCACAAUGCUGCUUCAGAGGGUCAGCAGAGAGCCAGUAAGCAUGGACACCGCUCACUGGAAUCUCACAAGGGUGACUUCAAACUGGCAAGCCAAAAAUCCAGUCUGGAGAAACUGAAACGCUAUGCAUCCAGUCCCACCUCCUCCUCCUCCUCCUCCAAUGCCGCCCAGCAAAGCUCACUGAGGGCCACACUAGGUGACAGUGUCAGCAGAGUUCAGCAGCCAGCUAAGUUAAACUGUGGCUCAGAAGGAGGAGCUCAAGUGCAGGAGAGGCCCUCAAAGCACAGCGGUGGGCACUGUGUCCAGAACUUCCCUCCAUCUCUUGCUUCAAAGCCCAGCCUGGUUCAGCAGAAACCAACGGCUUAUGUAAGGCCAAUGGACGGUCAAGACCAGGCCCCUGAUGAGUCUCCAAAGCUGAAGUUAUUGACAGAGACGACCAAGUUGUACAGGGGAGUGCCUUCUAACAAGACUGAUUCGGCCAGGACCAAGUCAAAGAUAACAAAGUUCAACAUUCCUAAGCAAGAAGAGGACAGUGGAACAGGAGAUAACAGCUGCAUUGAAGAAAUAUUGCGGGAGAUGACCCAUUCUUGGCCUCCUCCGCUGACUGCUAUUCAUACACCAGGGAAGGCAGAGCAAAGCAAGUUUCCCUUUCCAAACAAGGAGUCACAACAGGGAUCUACAGGACACAGCAAUACAAGAAAAAGUGAUGUAGAGCCAAAGAGUCCAGAGAAAGGCGCAACACAUACAUCAAUGCUAGAAGAUGACCUCAAGUUAAGCAGUGAUGAAGAAGAGAAUGACCAGCAGGCAGCACAGAGAUCUGCUCUCCGCGUUCUGUCUGACAGCCUGGUGGGGCCACAGUCAAGCACCCGAGCCCCAGGACUCUCCAGCAAGGGGUCGAGCAGCAGCAGCUCCAGUGAGUCCGAGAGCAGCUCAGAGUCUGACUCAGAGAGCGAGAGCAGCUCCAGUGAGAGUGACGGCAGCAAGCCCUCUCAUUACUCCAGCCCAGAGCCCGAGCCACCCUCAUCUAACAAGUGGCAGCUGGACAAGUGGCUGAACAAAGUUACCCCACACAAAGCACCCAUCCUGACCCACCACGACGCCUCGGCCCUAGAAGCCCACCCCUACUACGGCCACGUGAAGGCGGAGCGGCAAGAGGACGAGAAGACCCCGACCCCGGGCCCAGCUGAGCACCGCGCCGGGGACAGCCGCACCGCCGCCCCCUCCACCGCCGCCACCGUCGGGGACGGGCCGCGGCCCAGGACCGCCAACAAAGCACCGGGCAGCAAGGGAGGACGGCAGAAAUCACCCCCCGCCGCUGACUGCGGGCCGCCCAGGAGGGCAGCGGGGAAGAAGGCACCGAGGCGAGCCGAGAGGACCUCCGUCGGAGACGGCUCGCACUGCCGUGGGGCAGAGGAGCCCGCAGGGAGCCACGGCUUUCUGGAAGGCGCCGGCAGCGAGGCGCCCAGGGCCCGGCCCGCUGCGAGCGUCGGCGGAGCGGGUUGUAGAGCCGGGCACCGCCGGGAGCCCCGCUCAGCCGCGGCCGGUGAGAAGCGGCGGGCCCGGGGGCCGAGCAAAACGGCGCCCAAAUCCAAGGAGUUCAUAGAGACCGAGUCCUCGUCCUCGUCGUCCUCCUCCGAGUCGGGCUCCGAGUCCGAGCGGGAGGAGCGACCGCUGCCCAAGGCGCAGGCGGCGGCCGGGGCCGAGCCGCAUGCCAAGGACUUGGGGACGGGAGCCGCCAGCAAAGCCCACGGCGGCUGCAGUGCCUUUGGCUCCAUUAAUGCCAGGACUAAUAGUGAAAUAGCAAAGGAGCUGGAGGAACAGUUUUACACCCUGGUUCCUUUCGGUAGGAAUGAGCUCCUGUCUCCUCUGAAAGACAGUGAUGAGGUAAAGUCGCUGUGGGUCAACAUUGACUUGGCUCUUUUGUCCAGGAUUCCAGAGCGUUUGCCUGAAGAGCCGCUGGCAAUGAGCGCCGGAACAAACCAGGCGGCCAGCAUCCCACAGGGUAGUAGUGCUGACCUCCCUGCAGAGAAGGGCUUACCGAAAUCUAGAAGGAAACGCAAGUGUGAGAAUGAGGAAGAGUACAGAGACACCAAGAAGACUCAUUUAGAGCGAGAGAGUUCUUCGCGAUUAGCUGCCUCUGCCCACAGCAUCACAACAGCAAAUCACUGCAAUAUGAAUGAAAAUAGUUUGGCACUACCAAUAAAUAAAAAUGAGAAAGUACUUCGGUCACCCGUCUCUCCCCUCUCUGAUGCAUCAAAACACAAAUACUCCAGCGAUGAUUUAACUUCCUCCAGCAGACCUAAUGGCAGCAGUCUAUUACCUUCCAUCUCCUCCAGCAAAAAGCAUAAGGGUGAAAUCCAGUCACAGCCACAUCUCGGAGACUUCAAUAAAGCAGUUCACACCAAUUCAGAAAAUGUUCUUCUCUGCAAUAAGCCACAGACCCAAACAGAGCCUUGGUCACCUCUGUCCAGCGCACCCAGGGACUGCAGAAGGACAAAGCUUAUCUUUGAUGAUAUGCCACGCAAUGCAGAUUACUUUAUGCAGGAAGCUAAACGGAAGAAACAUAAAGCAGAUGCUAUGGUGGAAAAGUUUGGAAAGGCACUGAAUUAUGCAGAAGCAGCACUAUCGUUUAUUGAGUGUGGGAAUGCAUUGGAGAAAAAUGCUCAGGAAUCCAAGUCCCCGUUCACUAUGUAUUCAGAAACUGUGGAAUUAAUCAAGUACGCAGUCAGACUAAAAACCCACUCAGGCCCCAACGCCACGCCAGAAGACAAGCAGUUGGCAGCACUAUGUUACCGCUGCCUGGCCCUUCUGUACUGGAGAAUGUUCCGACUCAAGAGAGACCACGCUGUCAAAUAUUCUAAAGCUCUUAUUGAGUAUUUCAAGAACUCAUCGAAAGCCGCCCAGAACCCAUCUUCUUGGGGUAACAGUGGAAAGAGCACAGGAACUCCAUCGCCCAUGUCCCCAAGCCCUUCUCCAGUUAGUUCUGUUGGAUCCCAGGGGAGCACAGGGCCUCCUUCCUCAUCUCCUAUAAUCAGCAUCCCCCAGCGCAUCCAUCAGAUGGCCGCCAACCACGUCAGCAUCACCAACAGCAUCCUGCACAGCUAUGACUACUGGGAGAUGGCUGACAACCUGGCCAAGGAAAACAGAGAAUUUUUUAACGACUUGGAUGCAUUGAUGGGACCUAUCACCUUGCACAGCAGUAUGGAGCAUUUAGUUCAGUACACUCAACAAGGACUUCACUGGGUGCGGAAUAGCACUCACUUGUCGUAAUGACUGUGUGCCAUUCACAUGGACUAUAUAACCUUUCAUGGAUAAUUCAGUUAUUCUGGACACUGUGCUACAGAAAUAGUCAACCACAGCAUUGAUCCAAACAAAGGUGAAUAUUUCUUCAAUGUUGAGAAGAUGUUUUCUGAGAGUAGAUAUGUAUCUGUGCAUAUGUACAAUAUACAAUGAUUUCUCUUCAGAAUAAAUUGUUCUGUUCCACUCUCCAGAAAAUUUUCGUACACUAGAAAUACUAGAAAGAACUGAUCUGAAUGCACAAAACAUACCCUUUCUAUUCAUGUGCUGAAAAAUUCAGAAACCAAAAUCUCAUGGGGUGAUUGAACCAAGUGCAAUAAGCACAAAUCCCUAUUCAGGAAAGCUCUCAAAUAGACUCUUACCUUUUAAGCUUGUACUGAAAUCCCAUUUACUUCAGUAGAGCUUAAGCACACAUACAAGGGUUUUCCUGAACUGAAUGAAUGAGGGCAAAUCUCAGCAACAGAGAACUUAACUGCAAGCGUGGACACUUCACAGAAGUUCCAAUAUUUGUGCUCCAUCUCCCUGUUACUCCCCUGCUGGGGCACACAGAGGAGUUGUGUAGCCUGCAUUAAGAUGGAGAAAGACAGCAUUCCUUCAACGUGCGAUAAGUUUUGACAGAUUGCUUGCGUUUCUUUAUCUCCUGUCUUUUUAACUCACUUGACCUCUUGUUCAGCUCCACACCUACAAUAACAGGCAAAAAACCUGAAAACAGACACGUUGAUUGCAUGAACUUUAAAGGAGAUGGUGAGAAACUGCAUUCUGUUACCAAUAGUAAAUGGAUAAAUGGGAAAAGAAAAAAAGAAAAGGCAAACUGCAAUCCACUCACUAAAGAAAAUGUGUUAAUUUCAGCUCCAUACAGACAGAUAUCCAUAACAAUUGUUGGCUUUGCAUGGAAAGGCUUCAUCUUACAGAUUCUGAUUUUCAUAUCUUUUUCACCUAGCAGAAGCUUGCAGCACAUUCUUCUAGGCUGUACGGGAACACUACAUGCAAUUUCCUUUAUCUGGGAAGCAGUGUUUUCUGCUCAUCAGGCUAAGAACUGUUUCCUAUCAUAAUCCUCUCACUCUUCAUGCAUAAUCCUCAACUAGGCUUUAAUGUUUCUUGAUUUGUGGGAUGUUUUCCAUUCCUGUUGACAGGCUAUGUUUUUCGUGCCAGAAGAAUUAAUCCCACAAUGAUGGAGUUUAAUUUGGGUCAGCUGAGGUCAAGGCCAGUUCAUACCAACUGUGUUUGCCCUUAGCACAUUUGUGUUUAUUUUCAGUGGUUCAGACACAUUUAUUUUUCUUCUUCUAUAUUGGAAAUAUAAUGUUUUGCUUGCUUUGCAAUCAGAUUUGUAGCCCUUACUCAAGUCAGCAGCUCUGGUGACUUCAAUAGACUGUUCUUGUCUAAGUCACUAAUUGACCCUUUGAUUGUUGUUUUCUAAUUUAAUUCACAAAUAUUUUAAGGAAAUGUGAGUACAAAAAUCUCUUUCAAUAGAUGAUGCAAGCAGAAGUAGCCACUGAUACUAAGGGUUGAUUGAUUGGUCCUUGCUGCCUUUUUUUCCUCUCUGAUUUUGAAGAGAUGCAUUUAAAAAAUAUACCAAACAAAGUAGUAGCAUGUUUUCUCAGUAAAACAUCUCUGGAAGCAAAGGCUGUAUUACCCUGUGUUCAAGAGCAGGCUGGACAGCAUGCAGAACUCUGAUACUGGCAUAUCUUUUUUGAUCUAGGCUGCUAACAAUAGGUCUGGCUAUUGCUCAGACUCAGAGCAUCACCCUGUUCUUUGACGCAGCUCAGCAGGGUAACUACAUAAGGACUGCUCAUCUCCAAGCCAUCCCAAGCCAAUCUUAUGUGCCGAAAGGUGCUUGGAUCCUUCCUCCCCAAGAGAACUUCUAAGAUCAGGCAGUGGUAACCUCUUAACACGGACUUGAGUAUUACAGCAUGGCUGGCUUUAAGAGUGAAUGUGGGCCUGCCUUUAGAUGAUAAAAUGCACAUCCUCCAAGUCCUUCGUCACUCUUAAUUCCAGCUGUUACCCACCUCAUCAGGAACACAAGUUGUUUGGUCCCAAGUAUCAUGGAAAACAUGGUUAGUGCCUUUCUGUUUAUUACUUGCCUGAUCUCCAGCGGUGGGCGUCUACCAUGAUGUACCAGACCAGCAGCAGUGGAUUCUGUCAGCUGCUUCAACAUCAUACGAAGGUACUGUGGAAUUUCCAAUUAGAAUUGGAUUCACUAAUUAGAUUUCCAAUUAGUGAAAUUCCAAUUAGAUUUGCUUCUGUUUUCUUUGAUGGUGCCUAUGAUGUUUAUCUUCAGAUAAUUUGGGGGUUUGGGAGCCCGUAUCGCUAUUUAAUGUUGAGAAAUUUUAGAUGUGACAUAAAUUACUUGCCUUAAAUGGAGUUUUGUUUUAUUGCACAUGUGGCAUUUGAGUUUCAAGUAUGGAACUCUGAAGCAUGUUUAUUUUACUAGGAUCGGGAUAUAUUUCUUAAUCAUGGUGAACUCUUUGUAUGGAUGUAAUAUGUCAAGCAACUUCAAAGAAAUGCAAAAAUUAUGCUGUCCUGUUGUAAUGUUUCCAAACACUAAGGAUUUCUUGCAGAAGAUUGUCAUUUCUUGUACACUGUUCUCAUAUUGAAUUAUUCCAGCCAAAAUACCCAUUGCUUCUUUGGAAAAACACACUGGCUUUUAGGUUGUGUGCUGGCAUCAUCUGUGUGGCCUGAUGAGCACACUAAGCCUUAACCUCGGGUGGCAUAAAGGGAUGAAAUAGCAGCCAUUUAAACCAACUAGUCAUAUACAUGGAUUAGAGUUUUUGGCCUUUUUUCCGCUGGGUUUCUCACAGCUGUAUGGCUUUUUUGGUGAAGUUAUUUCCAAUACUCUUCUGUGCAGAUUUUUUGCUGCAUUAUAGUUGCAGCAGUUUAGAUGGCUGGAUGAAUGUGACGUGCUGACAACAAAGAGUUCAUUUCAUCUUCUUAGGGCCUGAACUGGAGAGGUGCAUGUGGCCUUUAGAUCUGGUCCAAUUAAGCAUAUGCUCCACAUUAAGAACUGGAGCAGUUUCAGAUAUUCCACCAUGAUUCAAAGGUACUUUGUUUGUUCUAGAUGCAACCAGUAGAUGCCAUCCUUCUUUGGGGUUCAGUGGAAGAUGCUUACCCGCUUUAGACUGUUGUAAAAGCCUGUGAACAUGCAGGUUUCUUUGCACUGUGGAGAUGUGCAGGUUCAUUUGGUGCAAGCAAGACAUCAGCCUGUAAGAAUCCAGAAGAAUUAUACUUAAAGGGAGAGGUUUGCUUACAAACAGAGGCUUCUGAAUUGCUGAUAAAGCAAUGGGAAUACAUUCAAGUGAACCGUGUAGUGAAGGUGGAUACAAGAAAUGCAGAGCAGCGUACAGGAUCCUCAAAGACAGCAAGAUAAUAAAGACCCUUGACCUUAAUUGUUUAUAGUAUUCCGUAGUGGCAUGAAUAGAUAAGAAGGACACAUGCAAAAGUCUGCGUGUGGGACAUGCCAUCACAUGGCAGGAUUCCCCAGCUCAUUUGCCUGUUUCUUUUAGCCGAAUAUCACAGGGCUCCAAAGGAAGAUGCUUCAGUGAACAGAAGACCUUAGGUAAAGGAAGUUAAGAAAAUCAAUCCCUAAGUGUAGAUACAAACACAUAUGUAUAUACUGUAAAUCUAAAUAGUAAUAAAAGUCACUCAGCAUGAAGGAUAUUACUAGUGCCUACCAUUGAUCACCAACUACUCAUCAUUGAGCAGCUAUAUCACCUCAGAACUGCAGUAACUGUUAUCAAAAUAAUUUGUGCAGCUAAUUAAUUUAUAAGCAAUGCACCUUUGGGACUGUGUCAUCGUAUCUCUUUUGUAUUACAAAUGUUCGACCAUUUUUCACGGCUACUGAUUCAAAUCUACAUCACUGAAAUGUCAGGAUAUCUUUUUUUUCCCUGGAUGAGGACAUACACUUAGACCUGGCUAAUCUGUGCUUAGUUUAUCUACCCAAGAGACUUCAGUAGUCACCAGCCUUAAUGCAUGUACAGUAUAUACUAUUCGCUGGCUUAGCUGUAGGUUUUAAUCCAAAUGAAAUUGGAAUUUGCAAAAUGACUUGGAUUAAUGGCAUCUGUCUCAGAUACCCUACAGAUGUGACAUUAAAUGAUUCAUGAUUUUAAGCAGGAAAGGUUGAAUUUUAUGUAAAUAGCAGUGGAUGAACUCCAGGAAUUUUUUACAAGAUUUUUUUUUUUUUAAGUGAAAAGAUUGUCGAAGCAAUAUGAGCGUGAGUUUAAUUUGCUGUUUUUUUCCCAGCUGUCCUAAAUUUUGUGGAGGGUCACGAGUUCAUGGUCAAAACUAUAUUAAGAACGUCUCCUUCUGCAAUAUGCUUUGCCUUUACAUAAUCCGCUUAAUGCUUAGUAUGUCAAAAAGAAAUGUUUCUUUUUCAUGACGAGAGCAAUGUUUCCCUUCCUCCCUCCAGGGAGAAUCCUCAAGCUAAAGAAUAAAAUGUCUUGGCGCAAUGGAAAUACAAACAAUGCCUGAAGAAUAUGAACUUGUUAAGAUAACCGUAGAGGCUUGGCUGGCACAGACCUAACAUGCCUCUCAUUUUGAUAUCUUUCUGUUAGCAUUUACAUCACAUAUUUGAACUCAUUGUGUUUGAAACUAGAGAAGUAGACUGAUUUUCAUAUCUUAAAAAGGCCCAAUAGGUCUGAUCGGUAUCAUAAUUGUAAUUGUUACAUUAGCUUGUGCGCUGCGCACCAAAGGCUGGGAAGGCAUGUAACUGUAGAUAACUUUGUCAGAACUCAUUUAGAAAAGCAUUUGGAUGAUCUUAUGUCUAUUCUGUCUGGAAAAAAAGAGAGCGGUGUUUCUCGCCCAAUAUUGUUACAUGAAAAAUUGCCUACUUCAGUGUCUCCCAUAAAACUGCCAUUUGCCCUCCGUAACACCAAGAUUCCAUAUCUAGCAUUACCGGUUGCCAUGCUGUCAAUUGUUCUUAAGGUUAAUCAACAAACUGGAAAAGUUACCGCAGGCCCUGUUUGCCUUCAGCUCACUAAAGCUACAGAGAGGAAAAAACACUGAGAUGUGGAGCAUCCAAGACUCUAUCAGUUUCAAAUGACUAUGGCCUUCCUCACUGAGAUGUAGCUGGAUGUUUCUGAAGUAAUUCCUUGCCUCUGCUUGUUGUCUGGCUCCUUUGCUUUUGGAAGUCUUCAAGUAUGAAUUACCUUUCAGGGCUGUCUUCUUUGACAGUCCAAGCUCUCUUUCCACCUGGGUGCUGGAGCACAAAGCAAGUAAGCCAUGGGAUGCACAAAGGGCCUUGUAGCAAUACAGCAAGGCUUCCUCUUUUUUAUCUAUGUAGCUUGAAUCCCAGCCUCAUCCAUGCUAACCACAAAGGACUCUAGUGGGUUCAAGGGAAUGCCAAAAAAAAGAAUACCAGGGAUUUCCUCUGUCCCAAAGCACUUGUGGGGAGCAAACAUAGAGAACAGCAUGAAUCAUAUAAGACAAUUAGGUCUCCUCUUUCUUAUGUGUACUAACACAGGAAAACUUCAACACUUAUAUGUCUCGUAGAACUUUAUGAGAAUUAAUUCAUGUGUGCAAAUCACGAUGUAUUCUCAGAAGAAAAGUGAUGUUGAAGAGCUGUGGAAAAAACCUGAUAGGCACAGUGGAUGAAUUGCACCCGCUAGCCCAGAGCCACAAGAACCUCAAAUGUUUUAAAUAACAUUUAAGCUCUCGAUGUAAGUGUCAUAGUACAUAAAACUCACACUUAGCACCGAGGGGAGUCACAGCCUAGGUGAAAUCACCAUUCCCACAGUAUCUGUAACUUUGAGCCUGGCAGCAAGCAGGAAUCACAGGAGUGAUUCUGGGACAAACAGCGAAUGCUAACAAAGAGGUGGGAGCCAUUCGAAGAAUUCCUUUUUUUUUUUUUUAAUUAUUAUUUAAUUUUUUUUAAUGUUAGUAAAGCCACUUCGUCUUUCUGUGAAAGAAGUUUGCCUCCCCAGUCUCACCAAGAGUGUUUCUCCUAACAGCCUCGGAAACGUCCAACUUAUUUGUUAUUCCAAAUCCAUCUUCAAAUGAAUCCGGGCAGAUAUAUUCUUUUAGAACAGCGCAUUGCAGAGGACUAGUUGCUUAACAACAACAAAAUAUCUGUGUCUGUUUGCAACAUCAGUUACUGAUCUGGGAAGUCAGAUACAUUCUGAUCACAAUGUUCAGGGAAACUACUUUCCUAAAUCAUGCCAUCAUUAGCUGGCAUCCCAGGGUGAAAUUCCCUGCUCUCUUCUGAUACAUCACCUCUGGAACAACUGCAGAGCACUUCACCAAGGACUGAAUGUCAGUCAGAACAAAUUGUUUCUAUUGCUCUUCACAUUAUUCAGUCAAUGCCAAAAAACCCUUGCUCGCUUAGCGCUAUUUACCCUUGUUCUAUAUUUCGUAUUCUUCUAUACGGAACAUUCACUCUAUCCACAGACAGAGAAAGAGGUAUUUACUGUGGGGACAUGUUCAGCAUAGAUAAGUAAGUACUUAAUUAUGGGCUCUUAUUAAGUCUCUUUUUCUAUGCCUGAAAAUAUUGGAAUUUUAAAAGGAUAUUUUCACCUGUGCUUGAUACUUUGGGCCCUGUCCUCACCCAUGACACACAAGUCCAUCAAAGCCCUUACUGCUGAUGACUCAACUAGCAAGUAGCACAGCUAGAGGAGUUAAAGCAGCGCUAACACAGCCAGCGGCCUUUGGUUCAGGUGUUACAGAUUUGCUUGAAUGAGCAUUGCCACUUGGUGGCCCCGCAGUAGAACCAACAGGAACUGUCAGCCUCACACCCGAGAAGGUGGAACGGAAGAGUAAAAAAAGUCCUGAUUUUAAAACAGAAGUUGAGAUUCACCUCACCCUAUACUGAAAGUCUAAGCAAGAUACAUUAGAAGCACUUGUUUCUGUCAUCUGGCUCCAGUGAUAAGUUCAGAUAUCACAAAAAUACAAUCCCCACCCCAGGCUCACGAUUGCACUUGUUGCUACUGAGAACACCUGCUGAAAUUGGUAAAACACCACAAGGUGCACUGAGGCAGGAUAUGGUUGACAUCACUUUGGGAAGGAGCAGAGAAGCAGAAAAUAUGGAGGAGAUGAAGAGUUAUCUCUGAGACAUUUAAAGCAUGUGUUGUAGACUUGGACCAUUCCUAGCCCACUCUCUAAUUUGGUAGGCCCAAAUCCAAAGCAGUAAGUAGUUCAUCAAGGACUGAAUGUGCAUCUUUCUUCAUGUUGGCCAAGGCCAACAUUUGGUAUUGGCAAAGCGAGAUCUUCCUGUGCAGGGCCUCUGUGGAUGGAGAUAAAGACAAGCAUAACAAAAUAUGGCCGUACAAACUUUGACACUUAGUUAACGACAGCUCCCUGCCCUCCUGUGUGCACUGUUAGUCAAAACCUGGGCUGUAGCAAUGCUUGCUGACCAAGGCCCUGUUGUAGUGGGUGCUCUACACACAGUGACCCACAGACCUUCCAAAGAUCUGCUGUCAUACAGAAGCCAAAACCAAACCGUGCUGCAAGUGAGCAAGGAAAAACAGACAGGAGGGGAAGAGAGUACAGACCUCUGAAAUAACAGGAUGUUUAAAUUUGUCACUACUUACCCAAUCAGUAGCAUUAAUCACAGUAAUCACAGUUCCCAUUUCCUAUGCUGAGUGUGGCACCGAUGGUUGACAAGGCAACGCAGCAGUCCCAGUGUGAGGUCCAGCUGCUGACUGUCCUCUUGGUCAGCGUGUCCAAAGUGCGCCCAGCCUUUUCAGCCUUUCCCACUUCCCCUUUUCACACAGCCAACUGUGAGCACCUGCCUAGAUGAGGUACUCAACAAUCAGACAGUGACCAAUGUUUCUGUAGUUUUUCAUAUUUCAUAUUUUAUUUAUAGCCACAAACAUUGGCAAUAUUUUUUUGUAAAAGCAUUCAAGUCAGCAUGGUUUAUUUGCAUCUCAUAAAGCGUUGCUUACAUUCCUUUCCAAGGGUGUUUUGUCUGAGGCUUCACUGACCCAGCCAAAGCUACAGCGGUUUAUAUUUCCGAUGAGAGAAAUCCUGCAACACUCCCCUACAUAGCAGGCAAUAGUGUUUACACCGGUUAAUAAACAGAGUAUUCUGUACAGUAAUUUAUGCUGUAAGAUAUGUACAUACAUCACUGUAGCAGCCACAAAUGCUUUUAAACUGCCUUAUUUAUUAGAUCAGUUAGCAUUUCCCCCUUUGCUCCAGAAUACUCUAAAUUAUCUUUUGCAUUAGGUAAUUUUUUAGUUACUGCAUUUUUUGACCCUAUUAUUGAAAAAAGAAAGUAUUUACGGUAAAUAGGUCCCUAAAAUCUGAGUAGAAAUAGCAGAUUCACUGCCCGUCCAACUAAUAUAGCUCUGAUUAUGAUUAAAAAUAAAUAUCCUAUAUUCUUAACUGCGUAUUAUAGUACGUGCCACAAAUCAUGUUCCACUUAAGAUCGAUACAAACAAGAGCUUUAGUAACUUUCACCUAUUUCAUUCUUCCAUUCUGAGACAAAAACGUAAUCAACCUCUUAAUCUAAAAUGUUCCCCAUGAGAGCUCCAGUCUUAUUCCUCCUUCAGGCAAAACUUACAUUGGCUUUGGUGGGAGAUUUACGUAGGUAAAGGUACAACAUGAGAACAUCAGAAAACAAACACGUCACCUAUAAGCAGCACUUGUAGUCCUUCCUUUUCUUCCCUCAGCAAGAAACAUAGGAUAAAUACUACAUCUGCAACACUCUUAUCUUGCUCCUUCUGUUCUGCUGUACAAGUUAAAAUUAAGAUUCAAGAACAAUGUAUUUGUUCCAUUCACUCAAGCAAAAUGGGAAUCUUACGGAGAUCAGUUCCAAGCCAAACUAGAAAAUACAAGAAAAUUUUACUUUUGUUUGUCUUCACGUUCAAUUUUGUUACACAACCAAGCAGGUUCAGGCGUACAAAGGCAAUGAAAUUACUGAUGACUUGUUUUACUGUUUGGAGAUGUUGCUAUGUCCGCAGUUCAUACAAAACUCAUGUAGCACAGUUUCUGGGAUGGUGAAAAAUCCUACUGUAAUGUAACAGAAUGAGCCUUAAGGAUUUGUAAGAAUAAGCACUUUUAUAUUAAAAAGCAAAUAUUAAUUCAUCGGUAAGAUUACUUUUUUAAUGUGACAAUAAACCAUGAAAUCAACAUCCGUCUGUCUCAA